UAUACACAAACAGUACCAUCACAUCAGUGCUGUGAUCGAUUCAGGAGUAAUUCGGUGUCAGAGAAAUAUCGACCAGAAUUCUAGACAACAACCCACAUUUUUAGGCAGCCGUUUGAGGAGCGAGACGUACCCUAAACAGAAAUUCACCAUGGAGGAGAAUUCAAACCCGAGAUGGAAUUAUAACAACGUGAACAACCUUGAACGGCCAGCGAAACAAUCUCUCUCGGCCUGUAUGAAUAAAUUUGUGCAAGCCGUCGAUAGCAUGGACAGCACUGUUAUGAUUCCCAGUCGCCUUCGAGACAUGGAUAUUGAGAUUAUCCCCGACACAAACAACUCGCAGGAAAAGGCCGUGAUACCGGUGGGGAUGGAAAUGAACAAUACAGACUUAUUGAGCUGCUACCGCAUGCUAAACGCGGUCAAAAACGAGCUCGUACGUGGACCGGGGUCUCUAGACACGGACGCGGACGAUGAGACAGAAAAUAUGGACGAACAGUCGAAACAGACUGCCAAAAUGUUCCGACAUCAUCUCAGUGGACUGUUCAACGUCUUGCAUCAGCUCACCGACGCUGCGAACUAUCUAACAACAAGAUACCAGGACGCAGUAUUGCCAGCCACAGGCAACGCCUCCCUUCAUACAUCGGGGAUUUCAUCAUUCGCAUUAUAGACAUCUCUGACCGCAGGCAUUGUAAAUUAGAUGACUAUCUCGUGCUUUCUCGAUUUCAUUCACUCGCUCAAACAAUACAUAAAGGGGGCGUGGCCCCAUCAUGAUUUAGACAAAUUAGAAGUAGGUAGCCUACUACAUAUCAUUUAAUGCGAUUAUAACGAUAGCGCUGUUUUGAAUCACAAACUUUUGUUCACCAUGACUUGGAGAUAUUUGUAGAUUUGGGAAGUGAAUUGUCCAUUUGGAUGAUAUAGAACUUGAGAAAGGACUAUAUUAGUCGGUUCUGUUUCGAUGUAGACAUUUUAUGGCGACCUACAGAGACUUGAAAAAUGACAGUCUUUCUCAGGCAUGCUUGAGUAACUCGUUGUCAACAUAUUGUUAAAAAGUACAUCGUAUUUGUUUGAUAGAAUGAUAGUGACACUUUUCAUCCGAAAUUACAAACGUGUAUGUGAUAAGACGAACAUUAUUGAAUCGAGGGAAAAGUGCAAUUUGAUAGCAGUUGCAGAGAAUUGAAGCACGGACUUUUGCAGUCAAACCCAGGAGAACUGCAGACGCACAAAACAAUCUUCGAUCAAACGCUACAGGGUCUGAAAAAACAUUUCCCAAAGGCAGCUUAUUAUGUUAACGUGAGACAUAGACAUUGAUAUACCAUAUCUGCAAUGAGUGUGACUGUACAUUACGACCAUAUAUUAUAUAAAUGGAAAAGGAUGAUUCAUGUAUACGUAAUUUACAAUGUAAAUAUCAUCGAAUUGUUGUCAUGAUUUUGAUACUUGUAUCUCACAUAAUUGUUCCAUUUUGUUUACAUAUUAAAAUUACAGACUGAAA